CCGCCGCGGCCGACUCCGCAGAGAAACGUGUUUAUUCCGCAGAUAAACGGUUUCGUCAUCCACGACAUGAUGGUGCGACGCAGCGGACGGUACACCGUCAACUGGAGGGGCUUCCGAGAGUUUGCCUUCGGAAAUAAACCGCCUGAUGAUGAAAAGGUAGAAAAGAAGCCUGAAGAAGAUUUGUCGAAUCAUGAUGUAAUUUUUUUGAAAAGUAUAGUAGAAAGUCCAGAUUUCGGAAGAAAGUACGAGUCCACGGACUGCGAGGAAGAUUUAAUCGUAAAACCUGUGUCCCUGGGCAACGUCAACAUAGUUAAAUCCUUGAGCGAGUAUCGAGGUAACAACAUAAGGACUAUCGAGCAAGCAGAACUCGCUAUAUUAUUGUCUAGAGUACAUUUCAGGGCACUUAUAGAUGCUCAUGACCAAAUAGGUGCUAUUUGGCUGGAGCGAGGGUCUGGUAUUGAUGAGAAGACAGUAAACAAAGAUAUUAGUAAAGACAGUGCCGAAGGUGGUGAUAAGACGCCUGAAGAGAACGGAGAUAUGCCUGUGGAGACUGUAAAAGUUGUGGGCCUGAGAAAAGUACCUGGACAGCCUUUGGGGUUGACAGUAACAACAGAUGAACAUGGUCAGCUGAUAGUGGCUAGAAUAUUAGCAGGUAGUGCCGCUGCCAAACAAGCAUUAUUGUCCGUCGGAGAUGUUUUAUUGGAAGUGGAUGGAGUCCAGAUUGAUACUGAGGAGCAGCUCAAGGAAGCAGUGGCUAAGCCUAACGACAGGCUAACGCUCAAAGUCGGGCCAAACCUUAAGGAGAAGAACUCUCAACUCACUAACAAACUAAGUUGUUACAUGAGGACACUUUUUGACUACGACCCCAAGGAGGACACAUUGCUGCCCUGCAAAGAAAUUGGCUUAGAAUUCAAGAGAGGAGAUAUUUUACAGGUGUCAGACCGCAAAGAUCCUAACUGGUGGCAAGCAAGUCAUGUAGAGAAUCCAGACGUAGUCGGCCUGAUACCCUCGCCCGAGCUGGAGGAGAGACGCAAGGCAUAUGUACCACCUGAAGCGGACUUCGUGCACAAAAUUAGUAUAUGCGGUGCAAGGAUAUCGAAAAAGAAAAAGAAAUUCGUAUACGAGUCUCGCUCAAGCGUCCAACUAGAGGGCGCCGAAUUAGCAUUGUACGAAGAAGUGGCGCGCACGCCGCCCUUCCUGCGGCGGACGCUGGCCAUGGUGGGCACGCGCGGCGUGGGCCGGCGCACGCUGAAGAGCCGCAUGAUUCAGGAGCACCCCGACAGAUUCGGCGCUGUUAUACCACAUACAUCACGCCCGCCGCGGCCUAUGGAAGAAAACGGGCAGUCGUAUUGGUUCGUUUCACGGGAGGAAAUGGAGCGGGACGCGCAUGCCGGGCGAUUCCUGGAGUACGGGGAACACAAUGGACAUCUGUACGGGACACAUCUGGACUCUAUUAGAGCUAUCAUCAAGGAAGGCAAGAUGUGCAUCCUGGACUGCGCCCCUCAGUCAUUGAAGCUGCUGCACACCAGCAGCGAGUUCCUGCCGUACGUGGUGAUGCUGGCGGCGCCCGGCAUCGAGCAGCUCAGGAACCUCACGCACGCCUCCAACAGGAACCUCUCGUUCGACCGGCAGAGCUCUAUCCGCUACAGUUCCCGGCGCGCGCGCACGCUGGAGUCACUCGCGUCUUUGUACGAGGAAGAAGACAUGAAACAAACUCUGGAGGACAGCGCCCGCAUACAACGCCAAUACGAGAAGUACAUAGACUUGGUCAUCACAAACAACAAUAUGGAUACGACUUAUUCCAAAAUCAUGGACGCUCUACACUCGCUCUCUACUGACCACCAGUGGGUGCCGGUUAGCUGGAUUUACUAGCAGUAGGAAUAUUAUGAUUAGGCUUAAAGUGUAGAUAGGGCUGUCACUCGAAUUGUCUAUGGUUUGAAGAAAAGAACAGUAAAUGCGUACAUAUUAAUGCCCAUGAAACUCGUUAUGAAUAAUUAUUUCAUAAAUAACAAGUACCUACAUACAUAAGGGCACCUAUUUUUCUCUCUUUACCGCUAUUAUUAAUUCUUUAAAUUGUAUGGCCUAUGUGUGCUGUUUUCAUUAUAUCUAUAUUUAAUGAACUACUUAAUUUUUGGCAUAAUAUUUAACUCAAAGACUACAUACUACAUAUUUGUUAGUUUAGUUUAAAGUGACAGCCCUGAUAAGUGAGAGAUAAGUUGCAACGCAAUUGGUUAGCUCAAAUACUAUGAAUUCAAUUUUUUACAAGAUAAACGGUGAUUUCAUCACAAAUAAGUAUUAAAUAUAUCGAGUGCCUAAAUUACGAGUAUAUAGUUUGUACAUCACAAAGCCUAAUAAAACCCCAAUUGCUUCAAGAUAAAGUAGUUUGUAUCACCACAUGCGUUUGAUAGAAAUUAAAUAAUAUCAGAGUAAUAUUAAUUUUUAUUCUAAACAAAUAGCAUAAGAUAAGUCAGUCUUCCCGCACUUUACCAUCAUUUUAGCCGGAAUAAAUUGCUCCAAUUUGCUACUCUGACAUAACGCAUUUAAUAUAAGCUUUUAAAUGUAGACAAAAUCUUUCAAACUUCACCUUUUAUAUAACUAAUAAAUAAUUAAAAUAUUCUACUAGCUCAUUAUUUAUAUCUGCUAUUGAUAGCAGAAUUUUUCUUCCAGUAUGAACGCGAAGAGUGCGGGUUAAUGUUGAUUAACCGAACAUUGUGCCACCUUGUUCCAAUAGUUGUAAAGAUUUUAGUAAACCUACUUGGCGCCCUUAAAUUUGAACAAGAGAUACUGUUAAGUAUAACAUAAAAAAAGAUCGCUUUUUUAUAGAAAGUGCUUUAUUCCGUAAAUAUCAAAUCACAAUACUAUAUAAAUCUCUAAAUUUUGUAUUCAAUAAGCCAAUGAUGUUUUAUAUUAAGAUAGUUGUAGUUACCUAUAUCACUGUAUCUGUCUAUCGUGUAUAAGUUUUGCUUUUAUUUUUAUAUUAAUCAAAUUUUAAAGUUGAUAUAAAAACAUCACAAAAUCUAUCAUCACAUAAUAAUUAUACAUGAGAGAUUUAUAUGCAAAUCUUGCUAGUAGGUACAUAGUUGUAUUAUUUUGUGCAGUAUGUUCAAGGAUUCUUGCUUGUAUUAAGUGACAAUGAUUGUAAACUUAGCUUACUUUAAGAAUCUCACAUUCCGUCCAUUUUAUUUUGUUAUUUAGCUGUAAAUUUUAUUGUCAUGAAUUUAUUCAAUAUACAAGAUGUAACAUCGAUUCCUUAUUUUAUUUUUGCUAUCGCUGUUUGUAUUUUUUAUGUUGACCAUAAACCAAUAUAAUAAAAAUA